AUGGUGUUGAGCGAUCAGGCUGCUGUGCAGCAGAUUGCGGGCUUUACUGGCCUCGACAACGAGACGGUCUCUACGCAGAUCCUGCCCUAUGUCAAGAAGCUGCCAGAUGCCCAAGCCUUGCGACAUCACCUCAUUGAUUUGAUUGGUCCUGGCUCUGCUCAGACGACCUUCGUUAAGCAGCUAGUGGAUACUCAAUUCCCACCUCCACCGCCUCCUCAGCCUGUCAGCCAUUCAAAGCCGACACAGAGUAGUGGCUCCUCUUCCAAUGCGAAAAGUGGACAGAGUUCAAGCAACGCGCCUGUAGACCUCAGCAAGGCUUUUGGGUCCAGCGGAGCGGUAUAUGUGAAGGAUCGCGGCCAGAAGAGCUAUACCCCGCGAAGUGCUGCCAGGACGCCUCAGGAGGGUCUCUCAAGAGCCAAUACUCCCCUUGGAACGAAGACACCUCCCAUCGGAGGCGUCACAACAUCUUCGGCUGGGAGCUCGAGUCACUUUGGAGACAAGCAGCAUGCGGCCGCUCCAGGUCAGGCUCCGUCUUCCUCGCAGCAACCUUUUCAGCUGGCUCCUUCCGAAGAGAUGAAGAUGCUGAACGAUGAGAUCGCUGAGCUGACUGGCGACGGCAGAGAGAGCAUCAGCGCUCAAAAUCCGAAGCGUAAGAGCAGGACAUGCUAUUGCCAAGGUCGAGUCCAUCCUCUAUUCAAGAGGAGACCUAUCUGUCUCUCCUGUGGCCUCUUGCUCUGCUCGAUGAACACGCCGACUCCCUUUUCGCCUGAUGCAGGCUGCCCGUCCUGCUCCACUAUCCUCCUGCCACCCGCUGAGCGCUCAGCACUCCUCUCCUCGCUCAUAUCCCAACGGGACGAAGCAGAGCAGCGAGCACUAGCCCGCGUGGAGCACGUACGUGCUGAGAGGGAGAGGGCCAAAGAAGAAAAGCGGGCAGUAGCGUCUCAAGAACUUUUCCCCGAGCUGUCUGGAGGCGACGCGGCAGCGAGAGAGCGGGCCCGACAACUGAGUAUCGCCUUGGGAAGAAAGCCUCGGGACGAUGGUGGGAUGAGAGCAGUGGAGAGGAAGGCUAGGGUCCUGACUAUCGGCAAGAAGGGCAAGGUCACCGUCGGCAGCACGAAGAAGCCCGCUGUGGCCAAGAGCAAGCAGCCUGCCACGACGUCGGCCUCGGCACAAGCGGCGCAGGCAACGGGGUCACAGGUGGAAGAGGAUACAGAAGCUACACAUCCGCAGAGCGACGAAGACGACGACGAAGCAGAGGCAGAGGAAUUGUUGAGGCUGGGCUACGUGUUGGAUCAAGACGAGGACGCCCUGCAUGCCGGUGAGGACCCUGAAUCGCACCGCGUACCUCCCGAAGGUGUGCCUGGGCGAGCCUUCUUCAACCCUUACCUGUCGUGGGCAGGCGAGGAAGACACAAAAGAGGAGAAGGUGAGGUACCUCCCGCCAGGGGAGCGGCCCACGGAUGACGAGGUUGGCGAUGUAGAAGGGGAUGAGGACAUGGAGAAAGAGCAAGGUGGGAAAGGGUCGGCUGAAGGCGCCAAGGGCAGAGCAGUUCCUGGAGCAGCCACAUCUGCGAAUGGAGGGAAAGGUCGCAAACGGAACAAGAAGAAGGGUGGGACGGAUGGCGCGUAA